AAUAUGAAAAUUUAGCCGUAAGAAUAAAGAAAUUGUGAAUAAUAUUAUCUGCAAUACAACAGUAAUGGAAUCUAAGACACAUGCUAGCAUAAAUUAAAGUUCGUCAUUCCGGUUAAAAGUGAAGUUAAGUGCAUCCAAAGCGUGUGACAAAUAUCAAAUAGUUCUGUCGUAUUUGUGUCUCGGUCGAACUUUUCGAUGGAAGCAACUUUCGUGCAUCAGCAGCAAACCCUUCACCAUGAAGAAGAUCCGGACGUUUUGGCCGAGGACAACACCAGACCUUCGCUACCGGAGGAUUUUCCAAACUUUCGUGAUUUUCAGAUCGAGAAAAUGGUUCUGUACUUUCGAGUGGUAACUGAUGGUUCCGAGCAGCGACUUCGGUUGGGUUUCAAGUGUAAACUCUGCGGGGAAGUGUUCAACAAGACGAUGCAACUGUUGGGUCACAUUCGGAACCAUUUCGAGGAGAACCACAGCUGUAAGGACUGUGGAAAAUACUUUUUCGACACGAAUAAACUGAACAUUCACAAAAGGGCAAAACAUACCCAAGCACUGAAGUGUCAGCUGGGAUGUCCAAGCUAUACCACUUCAAACAUCAAAUGCCUGCAAACGCAUUAUUUGCGCUAUCACUGUUUAAAGAUAAGGCCUAAGGAUAUGAAAAAGAUGGAAGAAACCCUUGGGACGCUCUACCGACAGAGUGGCAACGAAAGUAAAGUGAAAAUGCAGCGUGAGAUCAUUGCAGAUCAGCAACGGUCACUUCCCGUAACGCAGCAGAUUCAGCCAGUAGAACCCGAGGAGGAUGAAGAAGAUGAAACGGAAGAACAGGAACCAGAGCAGGAUGAUGACGAAUUUGAUGAACCAGAAGACUAUGGCCAAACGGUGGAGUGCUGUGUCUGUGAUGUAUACAUCCCAAGUGAAGAUGACCUGCGAGUUCACGAAGAAACUCACUGUAGUCCCUACACGUGUAAGAUCUGCUUCAGUGCAUACGAGCAGCUGGACGAUGCUCGAAAUCAUUACGAAUCACAUGAGAAAACUCAAGUCAUGCAAAAUCCUGUUCAACUACAAACAGUAACACUAACGCCGGCAGUUAGCAUCCACCAUCAGCAUCAGCCAACUUCCAUUCCAAUAGCGACUUCUUCCGGUCAACCGCAACAAGCUCCCACCAUGACAACCAUGUUGAUCAUGCACAACGGAACUCCCAUUCUGAUACCUGUGCAAACAUUCGACAGCAGUCAGUUAGUUCCAGCCUUCCCUUCCCACACUGUACCAGCGCAAAUCAACGCCCAACCAACGGCAGGCACGACUACGAUCACUCCGAUCACAACAGCCUGGCCCAUCAAUCACCUACUACCGGUGAAUAAUCAAAUCGAAAUCAUUCCAAUUCAUCCCGCGCAAAAUGCUGCCGCAGCUGGUGGAUCCCACCAAACGGCCACUCUCAAUCAAAUCGGAACCGGUCAAGCGAUUUCCCUUCAGAACAUUAUCAACUUAAAACAAGACCAUCACCAGUCGGCGAAUAACGGAGGAAUCGUUAUCACUCCCGUGACAACGAUCGAUCAACAUCACUAUCUGAGGCAGCAGCAAGCGUUACAAGCGCAACUACAGCUGCAACAGCAACAACAGUUACAAUUACGGCAACAACAGCAACAGCAACAGCAGCAGCACCAACUUCUACAACAGCAACAAUAUCAACCACAAUCGUAGGCUUGCUUGCGUAUGACCGCGUGGAUUAAUGAAAAGUAUUUAAUGAACCUAUUUAUGUAAACGAGAACUGCUGAUCCACUUUCGAAUACGGCAUCAGGUUCAAGUUUGGUUGUAGGAAGAGAAAAGUAUCAAACUGUCGUAGUAUUAGUAUGCUUUUCGAUACUAAGUUAUUUUUAUUUGUUUUAUAGUUUAUUGUAAAAUCAAACAUAUUUAACUAUUUUAUUUAACAAACACGAACGCAUAUCGUGGAAUGUGUAGUAAAGUCUGUUUUUUUUUGUGA